AUGCGUUUUAUUCGAGAAAACGUUAUUGAAGAACAAGAUUUUUCUAUAAAUAUGUCAUUAACUCAAAUUAAUCUAACAAAUAAUACAAUUGAUAAUAAUCAUUUCAAUACAAUGACAACAACAUCAUUGAUUGUACUAUCCGAUAGUAAUAGUAAUAAUAAUACAAAUUUAACGAAUAAAUCAUUAUUAAUUUCAUCAUCAAAUAAAUAUAAUUUUCCAUGGGAAUAUAAUUGGAAUUUUAUUAUUUUAUUAGCAUUAGGUUUGAUAUUUGUAAUAUUUCUUAUUAAUAUGGGUUUAUGGUAUUGGUGUAAACGUGUUAAUCAUUUACGUCGACAACAUUCAUUACCACUUAGUGAUAAUGAUUUUAUUGAGACAACUAAAAUUCAAGAAAAACGUUUAUCAUUCAGUCCAGUAAAUAAUAAUAAUAAUAAUAAUAAUAAUAAUAAUGAUAAUAUAUUAACUAAACCUCCACCUAUUCCACCACGUCCAACAGCUUAUACAACAAUUCUUGGUAAAAUUGAAUAUCGAUCAAAUCUUUGA